UCCGUCCUCACUCCCACUCUCUACUACCUCUCGAAAAUGGCGAGAAGGUGUAGGAGUAGCGGCGGUGGCAACGUGCCGGGCUUGGCCGUGGCGGCGCCGUCAUGGCUGCUGGUGGUGACGGUGGUGCUCGCCGGCGUCGCCGACGGCCAGCUGCAGGUGGGGUUCUACUCCAAGUCCUGCCCGGGCGCCGAGUCCACGGUCGCCUCCGUCGUCCGGCAGGCCGGCUCCGCCGACUCGACCAUCCUCCCGGCGCUCCUCCGCCUCCAGUUCCAUGACUGCUUCGUCCGGGGGUGCGACGGGUCCGUUCUCAUCAAGGGCGGCGGCGGCAGCGCCGAGGUGGACAACAGCAAGCACCAGGGCCUCCGCGGGCUCGAGAUCAUCGAGGGCGCCAAGACGCAGCUCGAGGCUCAGUGCCCCGGCGUCGUCUCCUGCGCCGACAUCGUCGCCCUCGCCGCCCGCGACGCCGUCGCAUUCACCGGCGGGCCGUCGUUCGACGUGCCGACGGGGCGGCGCGACGGGAAGGUGUCGAACCUGCGCGACGCCGACGCGCUGCCGGACGUGCACGACGGCAUCGGCGCGCUCCGCUCCAAGUUCCGCGCCAACGGCCUGGACGAGAAGGACCUCGUCCUCCUCACCGCGGCGCACACGGUGGGCACGACCGCGUGCUUCUUCCUGCAGGACCGGCUGUACAACUUCCCGCUCCCCGGCGGCGGCCGGGGCUCGGACCCGACCAUCCCGCCGGGGUUCCUGUCGGAGCUCAAGUCCCGGUGCGCGCCGGGGGACUUCAACACGCGGCUGCCGCUGGACCGCGGCAGCGGGGGCGUCUUCGACACCUCCAUCCUCCGCAACAUCCGCAACGGCUUCGCCGUCAUCGGCUCCGACGCCGCGCUCUACAACGACACGGCCACCGUCGACGUCGUCGACUCCUACUCCGGCCUGCUCAGCAACUUCUUCGGGCCCUACUUCCGGCAGGACUUCGCCGACGCCAUGGUCCGCAUGGGCAGCAUCGGCGUCGUCACCGGCGGCGCCGGCGAGGUCAGGAAGGUCUGCUCCAAGUUCAACUGACCAGCCGGUCGAUGCUGCUGCACUGCACCAUAGAUCCUCCGAUCCUUCAUUCAUUGCGCGCAGCUGGCCCAUCCGUGGACAAGAAGCACGGUGGGGUUUGGUUGGGUGCUUUCAUGGCGGUGUUCUUCAAUUCGUUCAUCACUAGUACGUACUCUACAUCGUGUAGAUCUCACUGGGGAAAGAAAAAGGGAAACUCAAGUGGUUCAGUUGUAUAUGCUCACCAAAAUGAAAACUGCACAAGAUUCAGAAAAGCGAUUUGAUUCGCUUCAAAAUCUGUUCAGAUUUCAUUUUGAAGUGGCAUGUAUGGCUAGAAACGGCGGUGGCGACGGAAUAUGUAUAGGGUAUAAGAUUAGUUUGUUCUUGUGUUUAUAUACAAAUUAAUUAAUAUAUAUGUUAGUGAUUUUGUUGUUGUU